AUCUUUGACUCUGAAAUGUCAAACUAUCAAGCACGUAACCCAGAUCAUGCCAAGAGAAGGACCCAUGAUCACUCCAGGUCUCUUUCUAACGAAGAAGAUGAUAAUAGAAAGGAACGUAUCAGCUCUUGUAUCCAGACACUUAGUGAUUUAUGUUCACCUGAUUCCAUCCUCAGCAGUAUAGUGAUACCUACGUCAGCAGAAGAGAUUUCGCAGCUAUUAGAGGACCCAGAUUUUUACCAUAAAAUACAGAAAGAAUCCCAGAAAGAACUCGUCAAUUUUCAGAAAUAGCAUCGAAAAGUGCCUCAAUAGGAUUGAGUCCAAGGUAGCUGAUAGCUUCCAAGGGAUGAUGAACGCUAAGAAGAAGAGCAGAAAGUCCUUAGAUGACCUUAAAUCCCACAUGAAGAGUAAUGUGACUGAUAUCUUUAGUUAGCCUG